AUGGCUUACGUCGGACACACACCUCCUGGCUGGCUGGGAAACCUGUCCGAGGAGCAGGAGGCGAAGCUCCAGCAGAUGUGGAAUGUCGUCCUCGUCCUGCUGGAUGCUGCUUCGCUGGGCGCCCCCGACCAGCCCACUGAAAUCCAGAGCGGCGACACCGGAAAGGCGCCUUCGACUUUGACCAGAACCGACACCUUGGUCUCAGCAAAUGGGAAGAGUGCCUUCACUGCGCACCUAUCACAAAUCCUCAAAGAGACCGGCUUGAACACCAACGAAAUCAAGUCCAUCAAGGAUAUUCUGAAUGAUACUACCGCCGAGGAGCUGCGCGAAGGCCUGAUGAGCACCGCCAAGAACGACCACCCAGAUGGGCUGUUGCUGCGCUUCCUCCGUGCGCGCAAGUUCGACGUUGCCAAGUCUUUCGACAUGAUGCUGCGGUCGAUGCUAUGGCGGAUGAAGCAGGUCCGGGUCGAAGAGAAGGUCCUGCUGAACUCUGAGCUGCAGGCUCUGCAAGAGACCAAGGAUAAGUCCAAGCCCCACGAGGCCAAGGAGGCUGAGGGCUUCCUUUCCCAAAUGCGCAUGGGCAAAUGCUACCAGCACGGCCAUGAUAAGCAGGGCCGUCCUCUUGGCUAUGUGCGUGUGAAACUGCACAAGCCCUCUGCACAGAGCAACGAGGUCAUCAACCGGUUUAUCCUCCACAUUAUCGAAUCUACUCGCUUGUUGCUUGUGCCCCCGGUUGACACAGUGACCAUCGUCUUUGAUAUGACCGGGUUCGGCUUGUCCAACAUGGAAUACGCCCCCGUCAAGUUCAUCAUCGAAUGUUUCCAAGACAACUACCCCGAGUCCCUCGGAAACAUGCUCAUCCACAACGCCCCCUGGGUCUUCUCCGGAAUCUGGAAGGUCAUCAAGGGCUGGAUGGACCCCGUCAUCGUCUCAAAGGUCCACUUCACAUACAGCGCCAAAGACCUCGGCAAAUUCAUCGACAUGGACAAGCUCCCCAAGGAAAUCGGCGGCAACGAAGACUGGACCUACAAAUACGUCGAGCCCGUCGAGGGCGAGAACGCCCUGAUGGAAGACACAGCUACCAGGGACGCCCUACAGGGCGAGCGCCUGAAGAUCGGCGAGGAACUGCUCCAGUCGACGUCCCAAUGGAUCAAGGCUGGCGGAGAGAAGAAUAAGGAUGAAGAGAAGGCUGUUCAGAAGCAGCGCGACGAACAAAUUGAACGGCUGCGCGUGAACUAUUGGAAGAUUGACCCCUACACCCGUGGCCGGAAUACGUUGGACCGCACGAAUGUUAUCCAGUCCGGUGGGAAGGUGGACUUUUAUCCUACUGAGGAGUCUGUCCCGCCUGUUGCGGAGCUGAAGGCGUUGGAUAUUGAGCAUGUUGAGAGGACGGAGGUCAAGGUUGCGAGUGCAUAG